CGAGCUCCGAGAGAGUUGCCUUGCAACCAAACCGCGCUUGGGAACGAUUCCAGCUCACCUGGCUGCGCACGGCGCUACAACACACAAAAAAAAGCUAAAAAAAUAUAAAAAAAUAAAGAACCUCUUAAAAAAUCGCAUAUGGAAAUCUAAUUGAAAUGUUUUCGGCUUAAAAGGCAACUCGAAUUUUUAAAUAAAACUCGCGUAAGUGCAAUUUUUUGUUAACGCCGACAUGGAAGUGCAUACCAAAGUGGAUAUUUUCUAGUUGGAACUACCAAUAGAUACAACAAAGUGCUUCUCCCAUAAGAAACGCCAAAUAAAAAAGCGAAUAAAACAAGUGACGCGUGUGAGUGUGUGUGCGUUUUGUGGAAUAUGCAGAUAUCGCUGUAAACAGAUAAUCCACCGAAUUCAAAAUCACCGGUAGCUAAGCUUGAGAAUAUCAUGGAGCUGAGCAACUUUUCGAGCAGCAAGAAGAUGUCACGCGAGGAGCGACGCUACUCGGUGCCACAUGGACCCAACACCCCACUGCCACCGGCGGCAUCCGAAGAUCUGCACGCCUGGUCCAUCUACAGGCAAAAUCUAAACUCCGACUUCACCGACUCGGCCCUGGGUUCGUCGGACAAGUCACCGCUGCCAUAUGGAAAUUUCCAGCUACGCGAUACCACAGUCCAAUCCAUAUUAAAUCAUCCGCGCUACGGCCCCAAAUCUCCUUUGGGCUCCAAUAUGUACACAUACUUGAAGUUUGGACUGCCACGCGUUUUUCCUCCAAAUGCAGGAUCACAGCGAUCGCAUCGUCCCGGUCCAGGCCCCGGUCCUGGUGGCUCCAGUGCCCUGGGCGGAGUCCGGGGCAGGGUCAACCGCGCCUUCCGUGACAGCUCUGGAGCCCCGCCAGGUGCCGGCAGCAGUGGCUACGACAGCAGUGACAACGAGACCACGAGAAGUCGUGUGCCACCGAAUCUGCGGAAGUAUCGAAGCGAGUCCGACUUCCGUGCCAUUGGUGGGAUGCCGCAUUCGCGUCCCGAGUCACGGGCCCAGCUCGGAGGAGGAGGUGCUGGAGUGCCGGCAGCGGCACUGCGUCAAGCCAACAGCCGAGCCAGCAUAGCGGUGGGACAGCACCAUCACCAGAUGCAGAGUCAGCAGCACCAGUACAUGGGCAAUGGCAAGCACUACGGGCACAGAUCCCACAGCGAGGCGGAUCUCCUGGGCGCUGGACUGGGCCAGGAUGCCGGAGCUGGUCUGGGCUACGACUAUAACGAAGCCAGGCUGUACGGGAGCUCUAGGCAGUAUGGCAACGGAAACAUCCACAACGGUCGGAAACAGUCGGGCAUGGGCCUAAUCUAUCCGAACAUCCAGGUGCACUGCCUAGAUGUGAAUCCCUGCCUGCGCGGCGUCUCCAUGCAGGCCAAGGCCGGCGAUCUGUUUGCCAUUAUGGCCACCUCGCAGAGGGAGGGAAGUGCCCUGGCCGAGUGUCUGGCCGGAUUGAGUGAGCGUCUGGGCGGGGAGAUCCUCAUAAACGGACAGCAGGUGAAUCGACGCGGCCUUAGGGAGCUCUGCAGCUAUGUGCCGGCUCUGGAGGUCUCCUCUCUGGAUCCUCGCAUGAGUGUCCAGUGCACCCUAAACUUCCAUGCAGCCUUGAGGGGUCCUCUAGAUCGCAGCGAUCUGGAGGAGCGCAUGGAUGUCCUCAUUGAGGACUUGGGCUUGAAUACGGUGCGCGCCUCGAAUGUCUCCACACUGACUCACUCGGAGAAGCAGCGCCUGAGCGUGGCCUGUCAACUGUUGGCGCAAUCCUCGCUCCUGAUCCUGGACCAGGUCACCAGCAAUAUGGACAUCUUCGACACCUUCUUCCUGGUGGAAUACCUGCGGCAAUGGUGUAGCGGUGGUCGCAUAGUGAUCAUGACUCUGCAGCCGCCUACGUUUGAGAUUCUGUCCAUGUGCUCCGGCGUGCUGCUGCUCUCCGGCGGACGGACCGUCUUCUCUGGCAGUCGAGCGGACUUGCCACGACACAUGGGCGAAUUGGGUUACCCAUGUCCACCGUUCAAGAAUCCGGCGGAUUAUUACUUGGACUUGGUCACCUUGGACGAUCUGUCGGCAGCAGCUAUGCUGGAGUCCUCUGCCAGGAUCGAGUCUCUAGCCAAUGCCUGGGACCAAAUCAAUUCGGAACCCCCGCUAGCCGCUCCGCCCGCCUCCUUGCCGAACUUCACCCUGAAGGCGGGCUUCUUUGGCCAGAUCAGUGCCUUGAUCAAGAGAUUCGCAGGAUACAAGCAGCCAGGAUCGUUGCUCACCUGGAUCAGCAAGCUAAUCGCGGCAGCCGUGCUCUCCCUUUGCAUUGGUUGCAUCUUCUGGGAUGUUCCUGCCUCUGAUCCCCAGCUGAGCUACCACGAUCGACUGGGCUACCACCACUGCGUCAUGGUCCUGGUCUACUGGCCGCUGGUGAUGCUCACCAUUCGCGACACACAGGAGGAUCGAAGGCAUGCGGAGCGGGACAUAAGGCUGGGUCUUUACUCCAGAAGUCUCUAUAUUAUUGUGCAGAGUCUUCUUGGAUUAUUCCCUAGCUUGUGCAUCUGGCUGGCUUAUUUGCUUCCAGCUCACAGCAUGGCAGGACUCUAUACUUAUUCCAAUAGCAGUGAUACGGGGAUCUACUUGUAUAUGGGCUACAUGCUGCUCUACUUGACACUCAUCCAGACCCUGGCCCUGUUCUGUGCCCAUCUUCUGCCCUGCAAAGUCUCGGCCAGCAUUGUGAAUGCUCUAAUUACUUUGGGCCUGGCCGUCGUGGGCGGCUACCUGGUGCAUCCACAGAACCUGGCCAAGUUCUGGACCUGGCUGCAGUAUGCUUCGCCAGAGCGUUGGCUUCUGCCCGUCCUGGUUCAGGACGAAUACAGUGCCGAGACACUGUCAAACUCCGCAGGAUUGCAGCUGUGCCGCAACAAGCAGGUUCAGCACCAGGAGAUUAUUGUGCAGCAGCCCUGCCCGCCGCCCAACGGCACCCAAGUGCUAGUCGACUUCGAGCUGCUGCCACAGCAGCACAUCCUGGAUCCCAUGUCCAGUUACGAUCAGACCACCACAAUGGCCCUCGUCCUGGCCUCGGUGGUCGUCUUCUUCGUCACAUUCAUCGUAUUUUUGUGCAAUUGUCGCGGUGCCUGUCGCAAACAGCGUAGCCGGUAGGAUCCGUCCAGGAUCUGGAGCUCGGGUGGACUUUCGAACUGUACAUUUAAUAGAAACUAAUUUUGAAAUAAAUAGCAUUUAGUCGAGGCAGCGUUUGUUUAACUAA